AUGGCACCACGCGCAAGCUCUUUCCUCUCCAAACGGGAGGCACCACCCGCUACUGCACUACCCGCCACCGUUACAGACGCCGUCACGGAGACAACUGUACCGAAACUAGCACCAGUACCGCUCAACAUUUCCACUACACUGUCGCCAUCUGGCGCCCCUCCUGCAGAAGGUCCCCAUAUCUUUAAUAAUAGAUCAUAUCACCCAUCUCAUGGUCGUACGACCCCAUUCGUGGUAGUACCAGAAAUCAAACCUACUAAUGCAACUGUUCAAGAGAACAUUGUCCAGGAAACUCUGGACAAGCUUCAGAAAGAAACUAACAUGGAUCAAUGGGUUCUGGUUACCAUCUUGAUUGCUGUCUGUGCAGUUAUUUUGGGAAUAUGUUUCUGCUGCAUAAGAAGAUGCUUCAGGAAGAGAAGAUCAAAGGACAAAAAGGGAAUGAAGGGUGCAGAUUUGAAAUCGAUAAAUCUGCUAGGGUCAUCAUACAAAGAACAAGUACAGCCCGACAUGGACGAAUUGACUGCGAAUGCUGAAGAACCCGACGAAGCUGAGAAACCUGAAGUGCAAAAACUUGGAAAGCUGCAAUUCAAGCUCGAAUAUGAUUUCAACCAAAACAGUCUCUCCGUGACUGUUAUCCAAGCUGAAGAACUACCCGCUCUGGAUAUGGGUGGUACUUCUGAUCCGUACGUGAAAGUUUACUUAUUACCCGACAAAAAGAAAAAGUUUGAAACUAAAGUUCAUCGGAAAACCCUAAAUCCGGUAUUCAACGAAACGUUCGUCUUCAAGAGUAUUCCUUAUGCUGAUGCCAUGAACAAGACCCUAGUGUUCGCCAUUUUCGAUUUCGAUCGAUUCUCCAAGCACGACCAAAUCGGUGAAGUUAAGGUGCCACUAUGCCAGAUCGAUUUGGCGCAGACUAUUGAGGAAUGGCGCGAAUUGCAGAGUGUAGAAGGAGAAGGCGGCCAGGACAAUAAGUUGGGAGACAUUUGCUUCUCUUUGAGAUACGUUCCCACUGCUGGGAAAUUGACCGUUGUCAUCUUGGAAGCCAAGAAUUUGAAGAAAAUGGAUGUUGGUGGUCUUUCUGAUCCUUACGUUAAGAUCGCCCUGAUGCAAAACGGGAAACGCCUCAAAAAGAAGAAGACUAGCAUCAAAAAGUGCACACUCAAUCCUUAUUACAAUGAAUCUUUUACUUUUGAAGUACCUUUUGAACAGAUACAGAAAGUUAACUUGGUGGUAACAGUGGUAGACUAUGACAGGAUCGGUACAUCUGAACCAAUUGGCAAGGUAGUACUGGGUUACAAUGCGAGUGGAACCGAAUUACGUCAUUGGUCUGAUAUGUUGGCCUCGCCACGUCGACCUAUCGCCCAAUGGCACACCCUGAAGGACCCUGAAGACGAGAAGAAGGAUUAA